CUAAUUAACCCGCGGUUUGCCUGCCGCCGCGCGACGGAUCGGAGUGCAUGAAAACCGUGUCAUCAGUUGCUGCGUGAUUCGUUAAAUUAUUCUUUUUCAGAUUCAGACAUUUCCAAAAUGUCUGCAGUUUGUGGAAGGUGCAGAGAGGAAGAAGCUGUCCUUGAGUGUGCUGACUGUGUUGGCAGUAAGCAUCGUGGUGAAUUGAUACCACUAUGUGAUGCCUGUACUGCAUUAAUCCAUGUGGGAUUUCUUAGUGAUCACCAAGUCAUCUCUGUAACAAUCAAGCAACAGAAAAUUCAGUUUGAGGAGCUGCUGAAGAAUUUUAAGAGCCAUGGGAAACACUUGCAGUUGAAAUUGAAUGAGGUGCAUUACGCGAGACAGGAUAUUGAACAGAGGUCCCAGUACAACCAUCAAGUGGUCACGCAUGCCUUUCAGGCAGUGUGGCAGACCCUGAAACAGAAGGAGAAAGAAGUGACGGCUCCGCUGAAGGAGUCUAGCAAGAAGGAGGCUGCACUGCUGGCAGAAUGCGAGAAGAGUGUCGGCCAGGCCACUUCAGAGUUCAAAAAUUUGUGCACUGAGGCCCAAAAGCUUCUCCAAGGGAACUCACUUGACUUUGCUCGGCAGUAUGACGGGAUGAAACAGAAGCUGGAAGAAUUUAAGAUAGAUGGAGUUGGCAAUUCAUUCCCAAGCCUGGGUUUCCCAGCCCGCCUGGAUGUGACAGGUCUCCUGCAGAACAUCAAGGAACUCUCUCUCCAGUCACAGGACACAGAUGGAACCCCCACGGUUGACGCUUCCUCUAACGAGGAUGAAUGUGAGAGAAAGAAGACCCUGGAAGUCCAGUCACCCAAGGAAGGUGACGCCCUGCAGGUGUACGUAGAGAGCCGCCUGGACACCAAAGGUCAUUUCUGGGUCAGCAGAAACCUGAGCCAGGACAUAGCCAACCUCUAUGAAAACCUUAGCUUCAGAAUAAGGCAAGACAUUGUGCAGAGUCCCCCAGCUCAGUUGGAGAUAGAAGAAGGGAUGCUGUGCUGUGGGCAGUUCCAGGAGGACCAUCGCUGGUACCGCGGUAGAGUCGAGCAGCUUAAGAAAGAUAAGGGAUUGGCCCGCAUCAGAUGGCUAGACUACGCUCAUGAUAAUGAGGUGCCAUUGGCUACCGUGCAACCCUUGAAGGAGGAAUUUCAGACUCUGCCAUUUCAGGCUCUUGAGUGCAGUUUGUUUGAGGCUCUGGAUGAGGACCUACCCCAUCAAGCGCGCUGGGAGUUCUCAGACCACACCGCCAAUGCCCUACUUGACUGCACCAUCCUUAAACAGAUGUCACCACCUUCAUCAGAUAAUAAAUGUCAAGUGUACCUGGUGGAACUGACAAACCCUGACAAAGAAGUCAACAUCAAAGAGGCUGUCAUGGCAAAAGCUGAAGAGGCGACUGCUAAAAAGGACACCAUAAUGUGCAGAGACAUCAGAUACAUGAAAGACUAUGUACCACCGCCCAGCAAAUCCACCAAAGUAGAACCAGCUGCCGAGAAAGCAAAGGAGAAGGUGGACACUAAAGAGGCAAAGAAAGUGGCAAGUGAAGAGAAGUUGAUUGAUGCAAACAAGGGUGCAGCUGCUGAUGAGGAUAAAGGCCUGACUAGAGAAGGGGAGGACGAAGAGUUGAAUAAUGAUGAAGCAAAGGAUGCUGCCGAGAAAUCAACAGAAGCAUCCAAAGAAGAGGUUGAGAUCACCCAGAGAAGCAGCAACGAGGGCAGUGAGAUGAUUGAGACGAAAAAAGUGGAUGAUGGACCCAAGAUAGAGGAAGAGCAAAAGACGGAAUUGCAAGGAGGGGACAAUAACAGCCAACAAGAUGGGCUGGAAGGAACAGAAGCGGGAACUGGUGAUGGAGAGACAAUUGCCCCCUCAGACCAGAUAAAAGACGAAGCCAAUGAUAAAGCUAUGACGACUUUGGCUCCCAAAGCUGCCCCCGGCGAUGUGCAGAUACUGCGACGAGAAUCAUCCGAGCCUGGAGCUGAGCAUGUCCCAAACGGACAUGCCGUUAGCUCAGCAGAGCAGCAAGACGUUGGAACUCUGGAGUCCCAAAUGCCUGGAAACUUGACCACUCAGCCUGAAGCUUCUGGUCAAAAUGGUGUUCCGUCGGAUAAGAAACCUCCUGGAGAAAAAUCAAAGAAGCAGCGAGAGAAGACAUCGUCGGCGGCUGCUGAUCCUGGCGCCUACUCACUGGAGCCCAGCGACGAAGAUGACGAGGAAGGAUCCGACCACCAACUGAUUGAAUUGCUGACUAGACAGUCAGAUCGUGCCAUGGCCCACAGCCCAGACAAUGCUUUAGGUGAUCGACGCAGUGCAAGCAGCGAGGAGAUGCCGUACCCUGGGGGAGGCAGUUAUCACCCCUACGGUGGGGUGGGAUACCACAUGGCACCUGGAGUCUAUGGAGGGGUGCAGAAGCCGCCAGAAGCAUUGGGGCUCAACCCGGUAGUGCCAUCUGUUGAAUCAUGUGGGAGUAGUAACUUGACAGAGACUCCUAUGCCAGACCAAGGAAGCUUUACAGGUGACGGAUUCAAAAUUAAUGUAGGCUUGAGCUUCAAUAUAUAUAUUGCCACACCACUUUCCGACAAUGGACGCUUCUGGGCGUCUAGGCUGAGGGGCCCGGCUCAGGAAUCGCAGCUGCGCAGACUCAUGCAUGAUAUCAGCUUACCAUCGGAACCCCUGGCAUUAGACAGACUGAAGGAGAUCAAGGUAGUGUGCGUCCAGACCCCGUCCGGACAGUGGUGCCGUGGGAGAGUCGAGGGCUUCACUGAUGAUAAGGUACAAAUUCGUUAUGUCGAUUUUGGCCAAGCUGACGUGGUAGAAGAGCACCGAAUCAGGACUCUUCCUGUGGCAUAUCAGCUGUUCCCUUACCAGGCCUUGGAGUUAAGCAUUGCCACACGGCAUCAGACCCGUUUCUCUGAGCAAGCUAAGGAGGCCUUCAUGAGAUACACACAGGGGAGAAUUCUGACUGCCAAAGUGGUUGCUACAGAGCCUAAGAGUGUAUAUGUUACCCUGACAUGCGUGGAUGAGAAUCAGCUUUCCUAUGACAUUUCGUCAGCCGUGCUAAACAUCAACUCUGAGACAAUGCCAAGCACUGCAGAGGAAAGAUCCAAGGAGCACCAUCCUGGCUCCACCCGCCGAGGAAGCCGUGAUGAGCACAAUGAAGGGCCAGUCAGUGAGGAAAACAGACCAUCCGACAACUAUGAUGUUCGAUAUGACCAGCAUUACGAGGGACGGUCACAUGACCGUGGAUCAUCAGGUGACCGAUGCUUUGUCUGUAGCAACUACGGCCAUCUCAGCUACGACUGCCCCAGCAAGAGAGGCGACCCCAGGGAGCGUAAUGAUCGCAGAAACAAAGGGGGCUCCAAAAAGAAUUGGGGAAGGAAGAACCGCAAGUAUUAGAUGUGUGGUGAUGUCAGGAUGGCUCCUAACACGACCAAAGAUUAACUUCUCAGGGUGUGCUUAUUUUCAAGACUUUUUGUGUUGCCAGCAUUUGUAUUUUGUGUAAAGGUCAGAAGAGAAUUUCAAGUUGUUUUAGUUGUAAUGCUGGUUCUUAAGCCUGCUGCACACCUUUACAAUUUUAUCAGUUCACUGGAUCAUGCGGUUGUUGGACGUACAGAUCGGAAAGGUGUGCGUAUGAAAUAUCGGCCCAAUCUGACCGUACACUGGGCGAACGGAUGAAAUCAAACAUGUUUGAUUUUUUUCGCAUCCAAUAUCACUGGAUCCGAUGUCACCAGAAAUAUGUGCGAACAGCACUUCGAUUUCACCAGACGCCGUGUUUAUGUUAACCAAUCAGAUUCAUGAAGAAAGUCACAUGAUUCAAAAUUGACGGCUGCCAUUUUGUCAGGUGACUGGUCAUCAUGAGACUGGACAUCAUGUGACUGAUCAUAGUGUGACUGAUCAUCAUGUGACUGAUCAUCAUGUGACAGAUAAUAGAACAGAAUCGGGCAUGUGUGCGGGUAACGUUGCGGUCUCCGCAACGGUGAAAAAAAAGGUACCAGUGAUCUGGUGAGCCAGGAAAAUCGGAAAGGUGUGUGGAUUUUUAAUUUACUUCCCUCCCCCUUCACGCAGCCAUUCCCUGAUAAGUGAAGUCGAGCUGCUGUGUGGAAGAGGGCACUAUCAACAAGUUCAAUCCAAUCCAGUCUUUGAAACUUUGACGCUAAGACCAUGAGCUUACCUCACCAGCACAUUAGCUUGGAACAUUGGCACUUGGGCCCUGAACAUACCGCAUGCACAUUAGCUUGAAUACAGUGCACAUCAUUAUUAUUUAUUUCUGGUAAUGAAACCAAGGAUUCCUCAAAAGUGCCCUAGGCACUGUAGCUCGCAAGCCUGAAGAAACCUGUAGAGAGGAGACAAUGAGAAGAAUCUACAAUUUUAGCAGAGCGAGGAAAACCCCAGACGAAUAUUCUGGGGAAAACCCACACAUUCAUGCAGAGACUGAAAACCCAAUCCACAUGUUGGCCCAGGUGGGAUUCAAACCCAGGUCACAAGAGUGGAAGGCGAGGAAAGUACUGCUACACCAACCUGAUUCCCCAUCUCGUGAGGUAUGCUCAGAAUUUCUUGGGUUUGAGAGCAAAAGUUCCCGAGAGUGGAUUUGAUUCAUCUUGUUGAAAGAACCCUCUACCACAGCAUACCACACAUGCCAGGGGUUGGGACUGGUAGAAUAAAAUCCAAAUCUGCUAUUGGACCAAUACUGGUAAAAAUUCAGUUAUAUAUCUUGAACUGGUGUUUUGCAAGACUUUGAUGAAGUUUUACAUUAUGUCCUAAGAGUAAAAUCACAAUUGACAAUUGUUGGGUUUCACAGUUGUUUUGAGUUCAUUGGCAAUUUGACUUAACUGGUUUGGCAAUUGCGUAUGGUUCAUGGGAUUUUGUCUCUCAAUUCAAGCAGGCCACAAGACUUAAAUAAAUGACAUCAAAGACCAACUCCAGAUUUUGGCAAAUUCUGAAGCCUGGUUGAUUAGUUAGGUGAUGUCCUUUUUUGUCCAACAGAAGAUGUUUCCAAUACAAUUUUCAUGUGAGAUAUGUAAUAGGCCUACAUUUUCAUGAGACUUUUGUGCAACACAGAUUUUAUUCACGCAAAAGCCCCAAUUUUGAACUUGGUGUCUUUCUAUUGCCUAGUUUGUGUGUGUUGUAUGGCAUUAUACUGUACAGUGUUUGCACAGUGCUCUGUAAAAGUCUACAGAAAUCAUUCUUAGUUUGUUUUAUUCCUUACUGGACUACUCUAGUUCGUAGAAAAAAAUGCUCACUUUGUACAUAUCAUUUCCUAAGUCAGUUUAUGUUUGUUGAAAUGAUUACAGUUUAAAGCAAAUUAAUAUUAGGAAAAAAGAAUGAAGAAAUCGGAAAAGAAAGAAAACGUUGGAAAAGAAACACAAUGAUGUCAUAACCUGCAGCGAAUAUGCAGGGAAUUUAUUUGUUUUUUUUAAGUCCAUUUUUUUACCCGGUAUUUUUGUAAUAGAGUGAGCUAUUUCAUAUGGAGCUCCAGAGGUGCCAUCCUAGAGAUUGAGAUCCUGACAUAAUUUGUCACGGGAUGACGACAUGUUUUAAGAGGGAUGCCAACAUUCUCGGCUAGAUCUGUCGCGGGUAACGCAAUGCUGAAAGUAGGAUCCCGAAGUGGUGAGACAGUCUAUCACGGGAUGACAACAUAAUGAAAGAAGUAUGUAUGUCGACAUCCCGAGAUACCUUCGAAUGCUGUUUUGUGGAAUUACGAAAAAGCAAUCCUACUUUCAGGAUGUCGUCAACUGGUGAUGAAUUUUCUCAAGUUGUCGACAUCAUACUCUUGGGAUGUUGUUAUCCCUAGGACGUUAUCCCUGUCAUUAUCUGAGGACGUCGACAUCAUAUUUUUACGAUGUCAUCUUCCCGUGAUAAAACAUCUCAGGACGUUGACAUUUACGUGUAGGAUGUCGUCAUCCCAUGAAAAGUUAUCUCGGCAUCUCAACAUCUUGGAUGGCACCUCAAGAGCUCCAUAGUUAUCUUUCAAACACUGCGGUUCAAGUUUAAAAAAACUAACUAAUUUUGACAAAGUUCAUUGUUUUGUUCUGAUUGUACAUUGUAUUUAUAAUAUACAAAGUUCAUGAAGACGUCAAAGUUAAGUAACUUUGCCUAGAACGUCUGUAAUUCAGAAAAGUUAUCUUCAAAAUUAAAAACAUUCGCGUUACAUGUAUUUCGCUGUUCCUCCUAAAAAAAGUGGCUGAAAAUUAACAAAAUCAAGACAAAGUCCAAUAAAUUACUUUUUUUAAGUGUUUGUUCUUGCCAUAAAAAGUAUGGUUUGCAUGAUAAAUACUUUUGAUACACCUGUAAGAAAUAUGUACAUGUAGUUUUCUUUAGAUGGAAAAAUAUAUAUAUUUAUGUUCUCACUUGAAGAUUUUUUUUAAUCAGUCAAAAGUAAAGAAGCAUAAUAACCAAUUUAUAUUCCUUUCGUGUGGUUGACCGAGGUGAGGUAAUGUAAGUAAUUAAUUGAUUUAUUUACUUUCAUUUCUCAACUUCCUUAGUUUGGAAAAUGACACAGGGUGUCUUUUCCCUGAUAAGAUGAUAUAUACCCAUUCGUUGUAUUAAUCCAACCAUUAUUUUACACAGGAGAAGAAUGGAUUAUAAAUGCGUAUAUUGUUAUGGAUUUA